UCAACCAAGCACAUCCAUCAAUCCUAUAAAAAAUCAAAAUGUUUAAGUUUUUGGCUGUCGUUAUCCUCGCUUUAGUUGCUUUUGUGGCCGCUAAGCCCGGAAUUGUUGCUCCAUUGGCCUACUCGGCUCCGUACGUGGCGGCGUCUCCAUAUGUGGCUACGUCCCCCUAUGUGGCCUCUGCAUAUCCUUAUGUGUCGGCUCCUUAUACAGCCGCCUAUUCCGCAGCUUACAGCGCACCCGCCUUCACCACAGCUUAUACCGCACCGUACACUGCUGCCUACACAGCUCCACUCUUGCUUAAGAAGUAAAAACGCUCAACAGGAAAUAGGAUACACAACACAACCGAUGCAACGAAAACGGCUCUGUCACUAUUUCAAAGGAAACGAAUAAAAUGAAUAU